AUGCUGUCAACACUCGAACCUGAAGUUAACAUGUUUUGGGCUGGAAAAAUGUGCUGGCAUCUGGCAACCCUGACACUGCAGCCACGAGAGCGGUGCGGUCUUCUUUCUUUCUCCGCCUUGCUGAAAAAAACAGAUGUUCUUGAGAAGGUGCUGGAAACUACUUCAAGGAAGCCAGGAUUCCCGCCAGAUAUCCUCCACGAUCUCUUCGAAGGCGUAGUGCCGGUAGAACUGGCUCUUUGUUUGAAAGCUUGGAAACAUGGACUCCUCGCUGCGGUUACGUGUUGUACUUGGGGCUGA